CCCCCGGCGGGGGGGGGCUCAGUGAUAGCCCCACAGCAAGACAUGGAGAAGCAGGAAGAAAGGAAGCCGCAGCCUGGCUCAAUCCAGGUGUCACCCUGUCAGGGCUCUCCGGCAUGGCACAGCCGCCAGGCCCCGGAAGCGCCUGUCCGUCAGGAUUCAGCCUUGGGGACGGAUCUGCAGGAAGAUGGAGCCCUUGUGGGGGAUUCUGGCAACAGGGUAGCUCCCGAACUGACGUCUGGGGCGCCUGAGCCUGGGCUAGAGGAAAUCAGAAACACGUCAGUCCUGGCACAAUCCCAGGUGCUCUCUGGGUGGCCCCCAGGCCACGGGGCGGUGCUGGUGCAGCCCCUGGAGAGCAGGGGGCCUCGGGGUGCGAUGGAGGGGCUCGGGCACUGCCAGGCAGCUGGAUCCUCCCAGGGCUGCGCAGGUGACCAGGCCCUGGCCAAGCACAACGCCCUGCUCCUGAGGGCACUGCAGGAAUUGCAGCGCUGCUGUGCCAGCCUGAAGGAGGAGAACGGCCUGCUGCGGAAGAGCUGUUUUCCUGCGACGGAGGAGAAGGUGAAGCACCUGAAGCGGAAGAACGCGGAGCUGGCCCUGAUCGCAAAGCGUCUGGAGGAGAGAGCAAGAAAACUGCAGGAAGCAAACCUCAAAGUGGUAAACGCGCCGGCGGCUGGGAAGGGUUCCGGCUGGGAGCUGUGUAGAAAAGCAUGUGCCCGCCAGCGAGCCAAGGACCUGACGGAACAGGCCAGUGCCCUGCUAGCCAAAGAUAAGCAGAUCGAAGCGUUGCAGCAGGAGUGUCGGGAGCUACACGCGAAGGUCACAGCUGGGAAGGAAGGCCUGCGCCUCCUGGACUUCCACCGCCUCUUGCGGGAGUCCCAGCAGGAAGUGCUGCGGUUGCAGAGACAGAUUGCCCUGAAGAAUUUCAAGGAGACUCUCCAUUCCGCUAAAACAGGUUCCAAGAGCAGCUCAUCCAGCGUGGCCAUGUGCUCGGGGCCCGCUGUGCCGACGCCAGGCACCAGCCCACAGGCCCCCUCUCUCUCCAAGGGGCUGCAAUUAGGGGCGCCAACGCUGGCAAUGGGAGCUCCUGGGAAGGUGCAGCUAGGACUGCUGCCCUUGGGACGUGCCUCCGAGGAGUAUGAAAACUUCCCUCCAAAAUGCCUGCUAGCCGGCCCAGAGAGCAAUCAGCAGGUACAGCAGCUGGAAUUUGAACUCAGGAAAAAGCGUAAAAAAUGUGAAAACCUUGAACAUGAAGUGAGGAAAAAGCACAAAAGAUGCAAAGAAUUGGAAACCCAGCUGCAGGCCGCGCAGGGGGAAAACGUGCGACUGGCGCAGGAGAACACUCAGCUGAAGGGGAAGGCAGAAUGGGCCCAACAGGUUGACUCUGAAAAUGCUGCGCUGAAGCUGCAGGUGCUUUUAGUUACUAAGGAACGGGACUCUGCUCUUCAGGAGAGCCAAGGACUCCAAGCCCAGCUGGAGGAUCUAGAGCAGCACCUGAACCACGCGGCUGAGCGAAGGCAGCAGCUGGAGGCCGCACACGAGGAGGCGCUGCUGGCGCUGCAGCAGAAGCAGGAGGAAGUCGGGUGGCUGCAGCAGGCCCAAGCGGCGGCAGAAAGGGAACACGCCGGAGCCGUGCAGCUGCUAGAGGCCCGGGUGCAAGCGCUGGAGGACCAGUGCCGGAGCCACGUGGAGCAGCUCAGCCACCUCUCGCAGGAACUGCGCCGUGUCCGCCCACCGGCAGGGAAGAGCGACCCUCCGACCUCAGCCGGGGUGACUCCUGAGCUCCCGCUCUUGCCUUGCUGCUGCGUCCCUCAGCCCCAGUGUUGCCAGUGGGAGAAGGAGCCAGCUGCUGCCCCGGCCUGUCCUGCUCCCCAGGGCGCCCGGAGGACCCCCGAGGAAGGGCGAGAAGAGCCUCCGAUCCCUGACCCCGCGUCUAGUGCCACCCACGUUCCAGCCUCAGACGCUGCCGCCCCGUCCUGGAGCCAAGUCGAGAGGCGGGCGUCACAGCCCAGCCCUUCGGAAUCGGACUCCGUGCCGGAGAGUCCCACGUCCUGCCCCACGCCCGAGGUGGACACUGCCAGUGAAAUGGAAGACCUGGAUGCCGAUAGCGUCGCUUUGAUUCCAGCGCCAGAGAGCCACGGCCCCGCCAAACUGCAGGUCUUCCUAGCUCGUUACAGCUAUAACCCCUUGGACGGCCCCAAUGAGAACCCAGAGGCAGAGCUGCCGCUGACGGCUGGAGAGUAUAUUUAUGUCUAUGGGCACAUGGAUGAGGACGGCUUCUUUGAAGGGGAGCUGAUGGAUGGCAGGCGAGGGCUGGUCCCCUCCAACUUUGUGGAACGCGUUCCAGACGACGAUCUGGCGAGCGACCUCACCCAGAGCUCCAGCCACGGGAGGAGCACGAGCAGCGGAGAAAAAAGCGAUGACUCCUGCGCCGAGACCAGCGCCAGCUCCUCGCUGAGCGGGCCGGGAGACCGGGAAGAGUCCGUCCGCCACACAGCAGUGCCUUACCCGCGAAAGCUGACUCUGCUCAAACAGCUCCCCAGAAGCAUUGUGGUGGGCUGGGAGCCGCCGCUCCUGCCAGCUGGCUGCCCGGCCGUCUGGCGCUACGACGUCUCCGUGGACGCGGAGCUCUGCCAGAGCGUCGAGAGCGGCGCCCAGACGCAGGCCGAGAUCGAGAACGUGGACCUGGAGCGGAAAGCCUACCGCGUCUCCGUGCAAAGCGUGGCCGAGCACGGCCGCUCCGACGCCCUGCGCUGCACGCUCUGCGUCGGGCCGGGCGUCUGCCCCGCACCGGGGCUGCUGGAAGUCCGGAGCGUGACGGCGACCUCGGCAGAGCUGACGUGGGUGCCGUGCGACAGCAACUUCGUCCACGCCGUGUACCUUGGCGAGGAAGAGUGCCACAGCGCCAAGCCAGGUGUCUACUGGUACACCUUCCGCAGCCUGCGCCCUAGCACGCAGUAUGUGGCCAAGGUGGAGGCCCGGCCCCCCGGGGUGCUCUGGGAGUUGCCCCAGGAGAGGCGGGAGCAGGACUCAGCAGUGAUACACUUCACUACUCCCGUGGCAGGGUCCCCCGAUGCGCCGCUGGAUGUGCAAGCAGAGCCGGGCCCCUCGGCAGGCAUCCUGGGGAUCAGCUGGCUGCCUGUCACCAUCGACGCAGAGGGCUCCUCCAACGGGGUGCGAGUGACUGGCUAUGCCGUGUAUGCCGAUGGGCAGAAGGUGAUGGAGGUUGCGUCGCCCACCGCCGGCAGUGUCCUGGUGGAGCUGUCCCAGCUACAGAUGUUCCAGAUGUGCCGGGAGGUCUCUGUGAGGACCAUGUCUCUGUACGGAGAAUCGGCAGAUUCGGUGCCAGCCCAGAUCCCCCCCGCCUUGCUGAAAGCGUCCAGACAUCCCUCACUCCCGCAGGCUGUCGGCUCUCCCAGUCUCCGUUCCAGCCUGCUCCAUGGGGAACCCAGGGGCUCUCCUCCCCAACGAACGCCCGUCGCCCGCAGCCCCGCCCGGCUCCUUCCUCCCUGCACCCACUGCUCAGCUGCCAGGAGCACUGCAGGCUGCCUGCCAGGGCCGGCCGGGGGGGCCGAGCCGCGGGGCCCUGAUGAAGGCUUCCAGCUGCAGGGGUCGCCGGGGGCGGCCAGUGACAGAGACUCCGAACGGAACGGAAGCUCUGCUCAGGAAUUCGCAAGAGGGUCUCCUGGAAAGAAACCGAGGAAAGAAAUUUCCCGGGGAGACUCUUCUGGGCCGGGGCCCAAAGUCAAAAGAGAGCAGGAAGAGAAGAGAGCAGACGCGGGAAAGUGGCAGCUGAACCUGCUCGCUGAGCACGGCCGCAGCUCCGACCUGUGCGAUAUUUUGGAGGAGGAAGAGGAGGAGCUGUGCUCGGACAUGCCGGGGGGGAAGCGGUGGGAUCCCGGAGUGCUCUGCAGCGGAGAGAGCGGGGCCCAGCCGGACCCGGAAGGCCUCCAGCCGCAGAACUGCAGCAAGACGCUGUUCAGCAUCCCCGAAGUGACGGAGGAGGAGGAGGAGGAGGAGGAGCGUGUUCACGUGGGGAAGAGAGACCCCCCUGACUUCCCGGAGAGCCGCCCGUGCCAUGCAGGAAGCAGGGGGACGCCCCUUUCCAGAAGUGCCCCUCUGGCAUUGCCAGAUGCAGGUGGCCACCGCGCCUACCCAAGUCUGCCCCUGCAAGCUCUCCGAGAGGCCCUGGCCCUGCAGAGGAGCAGGGAAGCCUCUGACAGUGAGAACCCGGCCGAUGUGGGGCUGAGCUGGACUCAGACCAGGGGUGGCUGUGACUGGGGUUGCUGGGAGGGUCGACUUUCCAGAAGUGCCCCUCUGGCAUUGCCAGAUGCAGGUGGCCACCGCGCCUACCCAAGUCUGCCCCUGCAAGCUCUCCGAGAGGCCCUGGCCCUGCAGAGGAGCAGGGAAGCCUCUGACAGUGAGAACCCGGCCGAUGUGGGGCUGAGCUGGACUCAGACCAGGGGUGGCUGUGACUGGGGUUGCUGGGAGGGUCGAGCGACGCCCGCUGGCGACACGAGCCCCCAGUGGGGCAGAAAGGAAGGGGGCAGUUCUCCAGACAGGGCCCGUGAGCUGGCUGAGGAAGGCAGGAAGAAAUGCAGCGACGUCACCAAGGGUUGGAGCCACCCGGCGGGAGGCAGCUUGUACAGAGCUCAGAGCCUCGCAGGGCAACUGAACGCGGUAGGCAGGGCGAGUAGCGUGGAGGGGGCUGAAAUCUGUGGUCCUGUGAGCCAAGCCCACAGCAGCGCCCUGCCUGCCACACCCGCCAGCCCCGGCUCGAACUCGAGCAGCAUGGAGAUCAGUAUUGAAUAUGACUCAGAGGAAGACCAAGACCUGAGCUCCCCUUCCAGCCCGGGGAGGAGGGACUGGCCCGCUGGCCACAUGGAGGAGUCCCAGGUGGGCUGGGAAGGGGGGAGGGAUUGCUCCAGCCUGUCUGAGUCUGCCGGGGCUGAUGGGAGAACCCAGCGGAAGCAGCAAGCGUCGGGAGAAGAGGUGGCCGCGGAGUGGGCUGGGUCUCCGGUAUCUUGCCCGGAGAAGGAGAUGCCUGGUGCAGACGAGCGAGGCUGGGACCCAGACAGAGGGCAGCCUGGCUGGCUGGCGGAGAAUGCUGGAGCCCCCGCAGAAGGGGGCCCAUGGGGCUGUACUGCACACCAGGGUCUGGGUGACUUGUCCUCUUCUGGCUUUGCCGCAGCUUGUCGGGCCGUAGCGUCCUCCCCUCCCGCUGUGCGCUCUGUGCGUCGUGCUGUGCCGAGAGGGACUCGUGGCGUGGCCGGCGCGGCUCUGAAGCUUGCCUGGAGCUCUCUGCUUAUGCUUGUGCUGCAGAAAGGUGGCAGGGCCGUUGCUUGGCUGCUAAGCCUCUCGGAUGCAGUAUUCCUUCUCCCCCGGGCCCUCCUGCCUAGCCCCGGACGCUGUUCUGGGGGUCCCAGGGAAAUGUGCAGCAAAUUAAUGGUGAUCCCCGAUCGUUCCUGCUUUUCCUUGGCGGGGCCUCCUCGCAGCACCAGUGGAGUCGUUACUGGUCUCCUGCAAAAGCACCUGGCCAGGCUGAUUUGCUUGAGGCUUCCAGGAGUACCCGAGAGAGGAACACUGCAUUUGGACGCCUUGCUUGGUGUGGCCUCUGGGAAUGGAGAUCUGAGGUCACACGGCUCACUUGGCUCCCCAGCCCAGAGAGGGAACGAAAGCCAGAUAUCGAACUCUUCCACCUCCUGCUCAGGCACGGAUGGCCCAGUCCGGAUAUUUGUGGCCCUUUUUGACUACGACCCCGUUUCUAUGUCGCCCAACCCCGAUGCCGCAGAGGAAGAGCUGCCGUUUAGGGAGGGGCAGGUCCUGAAGGUGUGCGGCGAGAAGGACGCCGAUGGCUUUUACAGAGGCGAGUGCGCGGGGCGGGCCGGCUACAUCCCCUGCAACAUGGUGUCUGAAGUGGAGCUGGAGAGCGAGGAAGCCAAGGAGGAGCUGCUAACGCGAGGUUACGUUCCUGCUGGCCCCUCAGCGGCACUAGGAAUGAGGACCAGGCUCUGGCUGCUGCGCGAUCGGCCCCAAACCGAGAGCUGUCAGUGCCUACGCAGCCCCCGUCAUCCCGGUUACGGUGGCCCCCUCCUUCCGAAACCUGAACUGAGGCCCCCACGUGAAGGCCGAACAGACUCGCCGCAUCGAGCCCAGCGGAUCUAA